AUGAUUCCGGAUGAGAAGAACAAACCAAUUAACAUUUUCAACAAUGCAAUUUCUAGCUUCAGUUUGGCUCAUAGGUUCUUAUUGAAUCAGGUCAAUGAUGAUCACACAAAUAUGGAGCCUCAGCCUCCUCACCAUGAAGCAGUGAAGAAGCCUAACGGGGAAGGAGUUGGUGUUGGUUAUGGCAGUGGAAGUGGGUCAGGAGGUGGGAGUGGGCAUGGAUCUAGUAUUGGCAAAGGUGUUGGAAGUGGGGGAAGUGGUUAUGGGUCUGGUGAAGGAUCGGGAAUUGGAUCAGGAAUAGGUGGUAAUGGUCAUGGGUAUGAGUAUGGGAAAGGUGAAGAACAUGGUUUAGGAAAUGUUCAUGGAUGUGUUCCUCCAUGCGUUCUUGGUUUCACCAUACCAAUUCCAGAAAUCCCAGCAAUCCCACGAAUUCCAGAAAUCCCAGCAAUCCCACAAAUUCCAGAAAUCCCAGCAAUCCCACAAAUUCCAGAAAUUCCGGCAAUCCCACAAAUACCAGCAAUCCCAAAAAUCCCAAUAAUCCCAGUAGUGCCAGGGUGUGUAACUGGCAAUUGUGUUGAGGGUGAUCAUCCUUGGGGCCCUAUAACUGACUGCAAUCCAGGCCAUUAUGAAGGGCACUGUCAACCAUGGUCUCACCAUGGACAACAAACACCAGAAGGAUCCGCAUCUAAAACUGCCAAUGUGAUGCAAGAGGCUAUCAACAAAGUUAGUGAGCCCUAUCCACCAGAUGAGGACCAUAGUCAGCCAUGA